CGCACCUUGAAAGCACAGCUCAUAGUUUCCGUAUUUAACAAUUUAAUUGUUAGAGGCAAUGGCAUUUUCAUCGUUUUAAAAAAGGGUUCAACCUUUUUCUGCACCAGAUCUGGUCGUGGAUCAGCGUUUAAUCGCUCUCUUCUUCGAAUGCUUCUUCGGUUCCUGUGACUUCCGGUGCAUCGGAACUGUGCUGUGACUCUUCGUCCUCUUCCGCUUUUCCGAAAUGCUUAUCUUCAGUCCUGUAACUCCUGGUCAGGUCUCGUUCUUGCUCGGGAUAAUUCCAGUUAUUGCGGCAUGGAUAUAUUCGGAGAUAUUGGAGUAUCGAAAAAAUUCUGUUUCUUCCAAAGUUAGGCUCUCGGACAUUAACUUAGUUGAAGUGGGUAGUGAUGUUGUUAAGGAGGAAGACAGAGCAGUUUUAUUAGAGGGAGGAGCUCUACAGUCAACAUCCCCAAAAGCUCAAAGCAUAAAUGCUUCAACAUCAAUUUUCCGAUUCCUUUUGAUGGAUGAAUAUUUCCUUAUUGAAAACCGUUUGACACUUAGAGCAAUGUCUGAAUUUGGUCUCCUUUUGGCUUACUUUUAUUUAUGUGAUCGCACAGAUUUCUUUGCCUCAUCAAAGAAGAGUUACAAUAGGGAUCUCUUCCUCUUUCUAUAUUUUCUCCUGAUCAUAGUUUCAGCAAUGACUUCCUUUAAGAUACAUCAUGACAAGUCACCAUUGUCUGGGAAAUCCAUCCUUUACUUAAAUAGGCACCAGACUGAAGAAUGGAAAGGCUGGAUGCAGGUUUUGUUUUUGAUGUAUCAUUACUUUGCUGCAUCUGAAAUCUACAACGCAAUCCGUUUGUUCAUUGCUGCAUAUGUUUGGAUGACUGGAUUUGGGAACUUCUCAUAUUAUUAUGUUCGUAAAGAUUUUAGUCUAGCAAGAUUCGCUCAGAUGAUGUGGCGGCUUAAUUUCUUGGUAUUGUUCAGUUGUAUUGUACUUAACAACAGUUACACGUUAUACUACAUCUGCCCCAUGCACACUCUUUUCACCCUUAUGGUUUAUGGGGCACUUGGUAUUCUCAACAAGUACAAUGAGAUUGGGUCGGUCAUUGCUGUAAAAAUCAUUGCUUGCUUCUUGGUUGUUAUUUUAAUAUGGGAGAUACCUGGAGUCUUUGAAUGGGUUUGGAGUCCAUUAACUUUCUUGCUCGGUUAUACGGACCCUGAUCCUUCCAAAUCACAAUUUUCCCGCUUGCAUGAAUGGCAUUUUCGCUCUGGGCUUGAUCGCUACAUAUGGAUAAUUGGAAUGAUUUAUGCUUAUUAUCAUCCAACUGUUGAACGAUGGAUGGAGAAAUUGGAGGAAGCUGAAAUCAAGCGCAGAAUAUCAAUCAAAGCUGCUGUUGUGCUGAUAUCUUCACUGGUUGGUUAUUUAUGGUUUGAGCAUAUAUACAAGUUGGACAAGCUUACAUACAAUAAAUACCAUCCGUAUACCUCGUGGAUUCCCAUAACUGUUUACAUAUGCUUGCGGAAUGUGACACAAAGUUUUCGUAGCUAUACCUUGACCCUUUUUGCAUGGCUUGGGAAGAUUACACUGGAGACCUACAUCUCCCAGAUCCAUAUCUGGUUAAGGUCUGGUGUUCCAGAUGGUCAACCGAAAUUGUUGCUUUCCCUCAUCCCAGACUACCCAAUGUUGAACUUCCUGCUUACUACUUCCAUAUAUGUGGCAAUUUCUUAUAGGCUCUUUGACCUGACAAACACACUGAAAAUAGCUUUUGUGCCCAGCAAAGACAACAAGCGUCUUAUAUACAAUUUAAUUACAGCAACAACAAUCUCAGUUGUUUUAUAUUCUCUGUCCUUUGUCUUCCUUAGGAUACCUCAAAUGUUGGUAAGUGUUAUUACACUAACAUGAUCUGGUCUGAGUUGGUUAAUUAUCCUUGCGUCUAAGCCAUUUGCUGUUAACUAUGUUACAAAGUUGAUAAUAUGUUAAUACUUGCUUCCACACACAACACCUACCUAAAUACGUGUAUGAAUGCACAUAACACAUGGGCAUGUGGUUUUGAGACAUGUAAGAACAUAAUUUGGUGAUAACGCAGAUGGUAGUAAGGCUGGUAAGAAAGCUUUCUGCAUGCUUGCCCUAUAAACAAAUUAUGAUGCUUCUGGUGUGUAUGGGACAAUUUUUGAGUGUGAAUGAUGUCUGGAAAUGUUUCAUGGAAAACUGGGAAGCUGCGUUAAUGUGCUUACGAGUACAAAUGAGAUGCAGCCCACUUAUGUAGAACAGUUUAUAUUUUAUCGUUUUAUGUUAUCAUCUUAU